CGGGGACUGAAGGAACUAAAAGGAGGGGGCGCUCUGGCACUCCCAGACUCUGUGGUCGCUGUCUCCCGCCGUCGAUGGUGGGCGGCGCGUGGAGAUCCGCUCUGCCCGCCCCUGUCGCUGGUAUCGGAGGUCCCGGAAGCGUAGCCGGGGCUGUUGGCGAUGAUGGCGGAGAGUCCGGCUGCUGAGGAGGCGGCUGCGGCCGCGGUGCUGGCGGCGCCGACGAGCGGGGGGCCGGGAGCUGGGACGGGCGGCGGCGGCCCGGGCGUCUUCCUGCCGGCCGAGCUUUGGGCAGUGGCGGGACUAGGCUCUGCUGGAGGCGGAUCCGGAGCGGGAGCUGUAAUAGGGUCUGGAGGGACCUCGGUCCCUGGGAUCCCCCCUUCCGCUGCUGCAGCCGCCGCUGCCGGAGUGCUCCUCUCGCACUCGGCCUUCUGGGAUCCCACGACGAGCGGCGACUGGGACGGAGAGAGGCCGAGCCCGGCUUGCUUGCUCCGCAUCAAACGAGAUAUCAUGUCCAUCUAUAAGGAACCACCUCCUGGAAUGUUUGUCGUGCCUGACCCCCAUGAUAUGACCAAGAUUCAUGCGUUGAUCACAGGCCCAUUUGACACGCCUUACGAAGGGGGUUUCUUCUUGUUCCUGUUUCGCUGUCCUCCAGAUUAUCCCAUCCAUCCGCCGCGGGUCAAACUGAUGACAACCGGAAAUAACACAGUGAGGUUUAACCCUAACUUCUACCGCAAUGGGAAGGUCUGCCUCAGUAUUCUAGGUACAUGGACUGGUCCAGCCUGGAGUCCUGCGCAGAGCAUUUCUUCAGUCCUUAUAUCUAUACAGUCCCUAAUGACCGAGAACCCCUAUCACAAUGAACCUGGCUUUGAGCAGGAAAGGCAUCCAGGAGACAGUAAAAAUUACAAUGAGUGUAUUCGGCAUGAAACUAUCAGGGUUGCUGUGUGUGACAUGCUAGAAGGAAAAUGCCCCUGUCCAGACCCUUUACGGGGUGUUAUGGAGAAGUCCUUCAUGGAGUAUUAUGAUUUCUACGAAGGGGUAUGCAAAGAGAGGCUCCAUCUCCAAGGACAGACGAUGCAGGAUCCUUUUGGCGAGAAGCGAGGACACUUUGACUAUCAGUCCCUUCUAGUGCGUUUGCAAGGAAUCCGUCUGAAAGUGCAGGAGAAACACCAGCAGGAGAACCCAGACAUAGACUCAGAAAGCAGCUCCUCUGAAACAGAGACAGACACUCAAGGGAGCAUGAAGGCUUAGAUGUUUCCCACCUGAUCACUUGGGAACCCAAGACAUAGGGUGGGAUCUUCUGACUCCAGGCACUGUGGAGGACCCUGGAGAGACCCAAGAACCGGUCUGGUUCCAGAGUGGAGAGAACACGAGUGGAGAAGAAUCCAUUUAUUGUCCUCCUUCAGUGCUCUGGUACAUGCUGUUAAACAAAAGAGGAUUUGAUGCUAAAACUGAACCGAGCUUGUGACCGGUUAUCUUUAGAAAAUGGCCCUUUCUCUGCUGGAGACCUAUGAGCAAAUGACAUAUAAAGGCAAGUCUGGAAGAACCUACAAUGGGUAGGUUUCUGUCCUCUCAAUUUCUAAAAGAGCAUGAGGUAGAGCAUGACUCCUCGUUCAAUCAUCUUUGUUUCAAAACAUACUGUGUAUAUCCUGGGCACCUCCCUUCCAGCCUGGCCUCCACAACAUGAUGGACUCUCCAACAACCAAGUCUGUUAAAGCACUUUUGACAGUUUAAAUAAAAAGUCCCAUCUUCAUCUUUGCUUCAUUGUGGCUUCCCAGUUGGGUUGGUAUUGCCUGUCCUAGACAGACCAAAGAGGAGGAACUUUUGCUGGAACUGGGCUUUGUGGUGAUUUAAAAGCAAAACGGCAAUUCUCAAAGCUUUACUCCAUUUUAGAACUCCUUCCCCCUCCCCCCCCCCAUUCAGGCAGAAAAGGAGUAAAAGACAAACCAGAAGAGAUCCUAAAUUUCAAAUGUUUUGACUUUGUGAGCAACCUAGGCAUUAGCCUUCAAAAGGCAAACGUUUCAUAUCCAGCAUUGUUUUUGAUGGUCUGAGGAAGGAGGAGUUAUUCUCGCAGUACAUUCCCUGCAAGUUGCAUGUGCAUUUUUGGAAGGUUCAGUAUUGUAAUUUAGGGAAGGCCGUGGAAGAUGGGCCAUUCUGCACAAAUGUUGAUUGCGUGUCCAGAAGAAAAUCGCAGUGCAAAAAAAGAAGGGGGGGGGGAAGGCAAUGCUUAUCUGAAGCUUUCAUGCAGCAGCUGGCUUUCUUGUUCACAGCCACUCUGACUUUCAGCUUUUUGGAGUAGCAUUAGUUCAGUGAUGAAUAUCCAAAAGGAUACAACUAAUGGAAGAAAUGUAGUAAACCUCAGUCCAAGUUGGACGGUAAGCCUGGGCUCUAUUAUAGGACUGUGUCUUGUAUUUGUCAAGAGUCUCUAUUGAAACUAGAGCAAAGUUGCACAUGUAUGAGUCUGACAAAUUUGCCAUAAAUCCCUACCUUGUGAUGUAGACCGAGAAGGCGGCAGCUUGAAGCAUAUGCUUUUUGAGGUUCAAAUUGUAGAGCAUAUCUCUGGCCAUUCUCCCAGCUGGGAAACCUUUUUUUUCUGUUUGGAAAGUUCAAACUGUUUCUAGGUAGAAAGGUUCAGAAGCCUUGUGAGUAUUCUUCUUUUGCUUUACGACUUUUCAAAACUGGAAAAAUGCUCCUGAGCUACAGAAGUGCAUCCUGAUCCAAAACUUGGAGGUGGGGGAACUUUUGGCAGGCAAAUGCGCCAUAGUGAGCAGACGAGCAGGAAGAGCUGCAUUCAGCCAAACCAAUAACAGAUGGAGGAACCAUGAAGGUAGCCUGCCUUCCUGCCUGCGGAAGCUCAUAUGUAAUAGUAGCCAGAGUUUAUCUGCAGGCACAGCCCCAGGCAUGCAAUCUUCCAGGUAGUCCUGCACAUUUCUGACUUGUGGAGGGGAAUGUGCUUCUGCCUAAAACUAACUAGGAACUUUCCAGUUCGCAAAAUGUAAUUCACAUAUCUGUGUUUGCAAAUGGAAUGGAAUAAUCUGUUUCUUUCUUCCCCCUCCCCGCAAAGGAGAAAAGAACCUCCAAGAGUUAUGAAUAGCUAGUGGAAUCAAAAGCUUUGUAAUGCAAGUUUGUAUUUAGUUGCCUUAUGGUGGGACCUCAUAAGGUGGGGCAAAUCUAUCAUGUUCAGUUUAAUCUCAUUGGGUGCAAUCCAGCAAAAAGCAGAUGCGCUUAACCUCCAUUGAUAUCAAAGGGACUUGAGUGCAGUUAACUUUUUAAGUCCCACUGAAUUAUAGGACUUAGCUAGGCCUUAUGUUCUUUGGACUCUGCUAAUUGUAUACAUUUGGCUUUCCCCAUUCUGCAGUCACCACGACAAGAAGUGCUGCCAAGUCAGAGCACCUGUGAUUUCAUGAGAUCUUAGUUCCAGAUGCAUGUUGGCUGUUGAACCAUUGCAUACAUUUCUUUAAAAAAAAAACAUGAAAAUGCCUUAUGUGAUUAUUUCUCACGUGGCUUGCAUGUGGAUGUAAGAAAACAAAAUGAAAAGGAAUAUGGUUUUCUAGCUGCCUAUAGUCAUCUGUUUGGUGAAUGUUUCCAUUUCAAAAGUGACAAUCCUAGAUGACUGAUCUAGACAAAUGUUUAGUGAGAGAAUUUUAGGCCUAACAAGCUAAACACACACUCAAAUGCACAAGGGUCUUAAAAUAAGGAAUCCUUGAUUAUAUACUAUUGUACAUAAAUAUUGUACAUUUUUUUGUGCAAUAAAGUUUGUUUUGGCAGGA